GUUAGACAUCUGGAAAGUGUUAUUGGCAACUCUGCCCACACAAUAAUUCCGAAACCGGCUGACGCAGACAUCCAUCCCAAGAGGCUUUCCACUAACUUCUCUUGUUAAAUCAGUCUGUCUUAACUCAUUCUUGAUUAGAUUCGUGUGCGAAAUUUUGAAAUAGAAUUUAAGUUUUUCUAUUAAAAUUAAUAAUGAAGUCAUUUUUAUUAUUCCUCUCCCUGCUGGUCGUUGUUGCAAGUGCAAAGGAAAAUAAAGUUGAUGUGACCCACAAAGUCUAUUUCGACGUUUCUUCGGAUGGGAAACAACUUGGCACAAUUGUAAUUGGACUUUUUGGUAAAGUUGUUCCAAAAACUGUCAGUAACUUUGUUACCUUUGCUGGUGAAGGCUAUAAAGGCAUGAAGUUUGAAGGUACCAAAUUCCACAGAGUUAUUAAGGAUUUCAUGAUUCAAGGUGGCGAUAUUGUUGCUCAGGAUGGUACUGGUUCCAUCUCAAUAAAUGGUGAAAAAUACUUCCCUGAUGAGAAUUUUAACUUGAAACAUACUGGUCCAGGUAUCCUGAGUAUGGCCAAUGCAGGUAAAAACACAAAUGGAUGUCAGUUUUUCAUCACAACAGUUGCUACUCCUUGGCUUGAUGGACACCAUGUUGUAUUUGGAAAAGUUUUACAAGGGAUGGAUGUUGUGAAUACCAUUGAAAAUGUCAAAACUACUCCUGAAGACAAACCAGUUAAAGAUGUAGUCAUUACCAGAUCUUUUGUUGAAGAAAUAAAAGAAAAGUUGCAAGUUAAAAUGGAUUAAAUGCCGAUUUUUUUUUCCUACUUGAUUUUUUUAAUAUACUUUUUCUGUUUUGAAGUGCUGUUUUUUUUAAAAAAAGGAAAUGAUUUUUGGAUUCUUGCUCCUUUGUUGUUGAAUGAUCUUAAAUCUUCAUGUAAAAUUUUGUUGGUUUUGAUGUUUUCUACUUAUUUUUUUGCAUUAAUAUUUUGUUAUCAAAUGGUAAUAUUAUUGAAACCUGGUGUUUUUUUAUAUAUAUAUAAGAUUUAAAAAUGUAACAAUACAAAUAUAUCAUGACACUGACAAUCAAAACUUACAUUUCAUAAAUGAAUAUAAUUGUCAAACAUUAACCGAUUCAUUUUAUUCUAUAAUGAUUCUAAAUCAUAUUAAUUUAUUGAAAUUUACUUAAUUUUGCAUUUAUUUUAUUGAAUUCUACUUAUAUAUAUUGAAGCUAAACCAGUGUCUUUCUAUAACAUUCAUGCUUUGUGCCAAAAAGAAAAGACAUGAGCUUAAAAUACUUUUGUGUUUUAUCACCUUUUUAUUGGUUAGUUUUGUACUGCAGCUAUAUUUUAAUAAAAAAAACCUUUGCAUUA